GUUAAUAUAUUAUGAAAAAAAGAAGACUGCAUCAUACUGCUCUAACGAAAAAAUAAUAGAUGGCUGAAUAGAUAUCUAAAGGUUUGAAGGCCUCGAUGCAAAAUGCUAACGCCAGUGUAAUUUUGUGUAAUAGGAAGCUUUCGCGUGGCAACUGCUCUUAGCGGGAGGCAGUCAGCAACCAGAGAGGAAGUCAUCACCUCAGUGUAGGCGAAACGCGCGCGGUGGCCUAUACUCGACUGUCUGAGGCGCCGCCAGCACAGCGCGGAAAUGGACCAGGUGGCGGCGGUGCUUCAGGUCCAAUUAGCAAACGACGAGGGGGUGAAUUAAAAGCGUUUCCGAGUAACCCCGAGAACCCAAGACUCUCGAGUGACUCUAGACGAAGAAAGUAGCGGCGAGAGGCACGAAAGAGCCCAUCUGGCGGACAUAGACUGCCACUUGACGUGAGGAAGAUGAGAAUUAAUUAUAAGAGAAAAUGACGGGAAAAUUAAGCGGGCAAGAGAAUCGGUUUCCUGCCUCGUGACUGCUACGUCCACACCUGAGGAAAAAGACACAAGAAAAAGAGGAAACACAUACUUCCCAAGACGUGACGAGAAUACAGACAGCAGCAGGUGGUGGUGGUGGCAGUGUUGAUGGUGGCAGUGGUGGCGGUGUUAGUGUGACGCAUCUUCCUCCCCUGCUGUGCCUCGCCCCACUUCCCCUUCCGCAGUGUGGGCUGACGCGGCCACAGUGAAUCAUGACCUGAGGCGGCGGGGCAGUCCAGAGCUUGACGUGAGCCACCAGCAGCAGGACAAUAAAAUGUGCCGCGGGAAACAGACAUGGGCGGUGAGGGCGUGCAGCACCCGUAGAUUGCUGGGGUGAAGUGACGAGGGUGACAGUGGUGGUGAUGGUGGUGAAGGUGGUGAAGGGAAAUAACAUGAAGCAGAAACUUACUUUCCCUCGCGUCUAGUUCACGUCGGUCUCUCGUUUCUUUGUUCCAAGUGUCGCUCUCGCAGUUUCAGUCAUGUCAAGCAAGAACUGUGGAAGAGAAAUGACCAGAGAUUAAAAUUAAGUAGGAGGACCACACCCACGCGCACGCCGCACUCUCACCCACCAAUCCACACGCCCACCCACACCCACCAGUGCACUCUAAGCAGCCAGAUCCACCACGCACCCACACCAACGCCCCCAAACUCACACACAAAAAAGAAAAGAAAAAUGUUACCAUAUGAAAUAAUAAAACCCAUCAAUGACUAGAAAACAAACUAUGAAAAAAGUAGAGAAGAAAAUGCUUUGAUAACAAGUUGUUUCUAUUAAGUGUAGAAAGUAAGAUAAAGAAAAUGGGUUUCGGUGUGUCGAAGUGCAUCUGCGCCGAAGUGGGCUCCGACAAGGAGGCGCUGGACGGAGGCGAGCCGAAGAGGAGUAAGUUCUUCUCUCCACACAAGAAGCACACGCCGGCUAUGUGUAAGGUGGAGCGAGAUCCACUGGUUUUAUCCUCGUGGCCAUUCGAGUUGUGCGAGUCACGACCUUCGCUACUCUCGCUAAAUGACACCCGCGAUCACUGCUUCUUCAUGCUCUUCGGCGACCCAGCACUGAAAGCGGCGCUCCUCAUCCAGCGCUGGUACAGGAGAUACUGCGCCAGGCUGGAGAUCCGGAGGCGCUACACAUGGAACAUCUUUCAGUCCAUCGAGUAUGCCGGGGAGCAGGACCAGAUGAAGCUCUACAACUUCUUCAACGCGCUGCUAACACACAUGGGGAACGGCAAGAUGACGGAGAUUAUGGAGGCACUCUCUCCGCGGGCCUCUCCUACCAUCGAGGACGACGAGGACGAGGCGAGCACGAAGAGGCUGCUGGAGGAGGCGUGGACGGAGGAGGUGCCGGUGGAGAGUAGCUACAAAGGGCCGCGGCUCACCAUGCCCCUCACCACAGACUCCAUCCACAUGCUGACGGAGGCGUUCAAGAAGAAAAAACAGACCCUCCACGCCCGCUACGUGUACCUGCUGCUGCGUGAGGGCGUGCGCGUGCUGCGGCAGCGUCCCACCAUCAUGCACGCCUCCACCGCCAUCUCGGGACAGAUCACGGUUGUCGGGGACCUGCACGGCAAGCUCGACGACCUCCUCACGCUGCUGUACAAGAACGGCCUCCCCUCCACCGACAACCCCUACGUGUUCAACGGGGACUUCGUGGAUCGGGGCCGCAAGUCCAUGGAAGUGCUGCUCCUCCUACUCGCCCUGGUCAUCGUCUUCCCCGCGGAGGUGUACCUGAAUCGAGGCAACCACGAGGACAUGGUGAUGAACGCCAGGUACGGUUUCUGCAAGGAGGUCAGCAGAAAAUACAAGGGACCGCACGGGCCACGGAUCCUUCGGCUGCUGGAGGAGGUGUAUCGCUGGCUGCCGCUCGCCACCGUGAUCGACCACAAGGUGAUGGUGGUGCACGGCGGCAUCUCCCUCGACACGGACCUACGCUCCCUCGCCACCGCCGACAGGAGCAAGUACACCAGCGUGCUGAGGGCGCCGGCGGGGAGGAUGGGGGAGGACGAGUACUCGCUGGAAGAGGACGGGGACGAGGAGCCUGACGCGUGCCGGGAGGUGCGGCUCCUCUCGGCCACCUACGAGUGGAAACAGGUGCUGGACUUGCUGUGGAGUGACCCACACACGCACCCCGGCUGUCGGCCCAACUCCUUCAGAGGCGGCGGCAGCUACUUCGGCCCCGACGUGACGAAGGAUUUCCUCGACAGACACGGGCUGGUGCUGCUCAUCCGCUCCCACGAGUGUAAACCGGAGGGGUACGAGUUUACUCACGACAACAAGUGCCUCACCAUCUUUUCGGCCUCCAACUACUACGAGUCUGGCAGCAACCGCGGCGCCUACGUCAAGCUCCAAGGGCCUAACCUCACCCCUCACUUUGUGCAGUACACGGCGGACCUCAGGACCCGGAAACUCACCAUCAGGGAGCGUGUGGGCCGCAUGGAGACCUCGGCGUUCAGGGACCUGCGCGGCCAGAUCCUCGCCUCCAAAACCAAGCUGAUGGAGGCCUUUGAGAAGAAGGAUCAAGCGAAGUCAGGGUACCUAAGCGUGGCGGACUGGGUGGAGGUGAUGGAACAGGAGUGUCACCUCAACCUGCCAUGGCGGGUGCUGAAGGACAAGCUGGUGACCCUCCAUCCUACCAGCGGCGAGAUCAACUAUCGCAGCUCCUUCACCGACGACCAUUUCAAGAAGGACCUGGCCGUGAAGAGUGGCCCGACGGUGGUGGAGGCGCUCUACAGACACAAGAGUAGCCUGGAGACUAUCUUCAGGCUCAUUGACAAGGACAACUCAGGAUACAUUAGCAUGGAGGAGUUCAGUGAGACCUGCGAGCUGCUGAGUCGUCACAUCGACGUCCCCAUCCCUAAGGUGGAGAUCACGGACCUGGCGCGCUCCAUCGACAUCAACAAGGACGGCUACAUCGACUUCAAUGAGUUCCUCGAGUGUUUCCGCAUCGUCGAGUCAAGCAAGAAGAGCAUGGGGGAGGAGUACGACGGCGACGACGACAACGAUGAAGACGACGAGGACGAGGACGAAAAGGAUGACAGAGGACAGAAUGGAGGCACUGCCGGCCCUCCGAGGGACACACUGCUGUAGCCCUGGUCGCCUCUAACAGCAGACACGUGAAGCAGCUCGUACACACUAAGGCAAACACUCCAUCUCUUCCAUUGCCUCCUUGCGGCUGCUGUGUAUCUCCAAGUGUGAUAGAGGAAUGCCCGCCGCCCGCCCUCCCGCUACUCACCUUCCUGUGGCGGAGGCGGGCGGCACGGAUGUUCAGGCGGCUCGUUAGCAGCUGACCGUCUAUUGAAAGGCAAAGCUACACCUCCUCCACUGCCUCCUUACGGUUGUGUAUCUUCAAGUCUGAUAAAUGAACGCCCGCCGCCCUCCCGCUGCUUUCCUUCCUGGGCCGGAGGCUGCUGACUGCAUGGCUACCCCGGCGGCCCGUCAAACAUUCCCUGAGUCCCGGAAACCUCAGCAACAGUCCCACGAUCCACUAGCAUAAUACUAAUGAUAAUAAUACAACGUGAUACUAUUCAGCAUUACUUUUAGACGAUAUAUCCUUUCUUACUGUUGUUACGUAUCUUAUAGUGCUCUCGAUCUGAUGAUGUUCGUUCGUCCGUCUGUAAGCAUUCCACAAGUUUGCAGGCGCGGAGGGCUAUUUUAAUAUUCUCCUUUAGUCUCCAGCACCUUUCUGAGGGCCGUGGCACGCGAGCUGCUGUCUGGCGGGGUUCUGUGCGUCUGUGUGUUGAGCGUGCAAAUGGUGACGUCGGGGAAGAAGGGAAAAGAGGACACGACUGUUUUUCUACAACGUCUCUGGGGAGCGAGGCAGCCCGCAUGGUGACGGUCCACAGUGGAAAGUGCCAAACUCACAUCGGUAGUUUCCUGCAGCCCACAAACGAAACGACUUGAGAAGCGCAGCUCGCGGCUCCCACAGUCCCCGCCGCUGACUCACCUCCCCCUGCACCUGUACCUCUUGGUGCCGCGCCGCGAGAACCUGAUCCCAGCAGACUGGUGCAGCCGCGGCGGUGCAGGGACGGCCAGGUGGCGGAGCUCUUCGUGUGACCCGUUAGCCAGGUGAUUAACACUUACAAAAAGGUGAACCUAUAGUAAUCAAGCAGGGCGGCGUGAGGAAGGUUUCAACUCUCUUAUAAUAGCAUCUACCGUCUGCUCACCAUCUGCAGACGUGGCUGUUACAGGCUGGCAGAUAUCCACAAGUGAAAUGUUGUGAUAAUAUGAGACUACGACAGAGUUGAAUGUGAAAAACACCACCUUUGCCCCCUUAUCAAGCCCAUGAGCAGGGUUACAGGACCCUCCUCACCCCAUGACGGCCCUGGUGGUGUCAGUGUGCGGGGCAACGGGACACAACGCCUCCACCCUCCGCGGCCAGUCAGGCAGGAGUUACCUUACUGCAGCUGCAGGAAACUUAAGCGUCUCCUCGCCAGAUAGGAACGCGGCCAAUAAGUAUUUUCCUCCUCGCUUCAGUGUAGACUCGUAAAUACCGCGGGGGGCCCCAGGACGCCUCUGUUGUGUUGUUCAGUGUCACUUUACGUCUCGUUUUAGCCACUCAUAAAACAAGAGGUGGUCGCAGUGGGCAUCUAUGCACCUCGUAUUACCCUGCGCCGCCUCCUGUCCGACACACACGACACGGGGUAGCUGACGCGACGCCCACCCGUUGGCUUGGACCUGGACGCCUCGCCCUCGACCCCUGCCGCCCCGACACGUGCAGCCCCAGCAGUCCGGGGCCGUGCGUCCCUUCCCCUGAGCCAACACACGCGGUUUGCAGGUGCCCUCGGCCGAGUCAUCCUUCUUGGCACCAUUCCCCCCUACACAACCCCCACCACUAAGUCCCUAUUCCCGCAACAUAGAGACACGCCAGUUCGAUUCCCCUUACUACGCUUACCCCCUUCCCACCACCUUCGCAGCCAUUACCACCCUAUUCCCGCAACACAUCAGCAUCCUGCACGCCCUCCUCUGUCCCUUCCUCUCCCUUACACCAUGACCAUCACCCUUUCUCACAGCUCAGUAACACUCCUGCACAUCCUCUCUCGUCCCUUCCUUUCCUUUCCUCAACACCAACACCCCCACCUUUUUUUUCCCCACAGCUCAGUAACACUCCUAAACACCCUCCCUUUUCUCUUCCCUUCCUUUCCUUAACGCCACCAUCACCACCUUUUACACCAUUACCGCAACCACCUCUACCACGCCUUGCUCCUUGUCCUCCCCCCCUCCCCCCAAUAUACGCACGCAGCACCAGUAAUCAAACAUACACACAGUUCCUUUCAUAAGACUUAGUACAUUGCAACCUUUUGUUAGUUACGAUUCUCUUAUUUCCUGCCUAUCGUCUUCCUAUGUUUUGCUGUAUAUUUGUUUGUCUUCCUUCCUUCUUGUGUCCCCUCAUUUCCCUCCCUGUUUGUCUUCCUCCCUCCUUGCAUGCCACUAUUUCUCCCUCGUUCUCUUCUUUUCCUCCCUGCUUCCCUGUUUGCCUUCCUUCCUCCUUCCAUGCCUUAAUAUCCCCCUUGUUACUUCCUUUCCCUUUCUGCUGUCCUGCUUGUCUUCCGCUUUCCUUUGUUCUCUCCUUUUCCUCCCUGUUUUCCUUGCUUAUCUUCCUCCCUCCUCCCAUGCCUCCACCCCACUUUGUUUCUUUCUUUUCCUCCCUGUUUCCAUGCUUGUCUUCCUCCCUCAUUUCAUUCCUUCUUCGUUCCAUCUUCACCCUCGCUGCUGCCCUCCUUCUCUCCCUCCCUUAUUCGCUCCCUCCCCUCCUUUCUUCCCUCCCUCAUUUUACGAUUCCCAUAAUUUCCGCUCCCUUCCUCCCCUCCCUUUCCCUCCCCUCCCCUCCCUUCCCCCCCUGAACGCGUGAAGCCCCAUGAUGCAAUUCGACUCAUCACAAGGGCUUCGCAAUUUUCCUUAGCUGCAUUAAUCAAACAUAAAUACAUACAUAGAUACAUACAUACUUACACAUACACGCAUACAUAAGAUACAUUAUUUAGAGAUUUUAUCCGGCAGGGUCGGAAACUUUAUAAAUAUAUCAAUUAACAAUGCUGUACAAUUAAAUCCUAUAGUAUGGCUGGA